CGAGGGUUUUAGAAGCGGAAGGAGAGAGCGAGAGAGGGAGCGCAGGCGAGCGAGGGAGGAAGAGGCCCGCUUUCUGCUCAACUUCCCAGCCCGAUUUCUCUCUUGAUCGGGCCAAACCGAGCGAGAAAUGCUGUUGUUCUUAGAUUGGAUUGCGGUUACGGAAAGCUUGGUCUGGCGACGUGCGGAACGGGUUGAUCAUUUUGUAUAUUUGUUGGUUGAAAGUCAGCUGCUUCACUGAAGUUAUGCAGCUGUUGUUGCAAACUUGCAAUGCCCUUUCACCAGCUGGAGUUCACAUCUGAAUUACAGUAAUGGGUGAAAAUAACUUGCUUACUUCCAGGAAUCUACAGAAUAUUUUUGGGGUCUAAGUGCUGUUUGCCUAGAAACAAACAGCUUCUUGAAAUAAAUGGCUACAGAGAAUCCAUUGAGAUUCAUAGGGAGUAAUAGUCCUGGAAACUGGCCCCUUACUAAGGACACAUCAAAAUUUGCAUCAUCAAGUAAUUUAGCGCCGGAAGAGUUGGGAUUACUUUAUGAAGGACAAAGGUACCAUGGGAACAAGAACACUAGUGGCCUUAGUCGAAGUGGAAGUGCUCCACCUAGCAUGGAAGGUUCUCUUGCAGCGUUUGACAUUAUGAAAGGCCAGACUGUUGACUUGGAUGGCAGCUUGGAGAACUUAAGCAAUGCAGCCCAAAACUGUAAAUCUGAAGAGCAACUCCGUGCUCAUCCUGCUUACCUAGCAUACUACUGCACAAAUGUGAAUUUAAAUCCGAGGCUUCCUCCUCCCCUUAUGUCUCGGGAGAAUCGACAUUUGAUGCAACACAUUGGUGGGCUUGGGGACAACAGGAGAAUGCCUUCAUUUGAUGUCACCAGCAAUGCAUCUUUCUUUAUCUCACUAUCCGCCCUUUCGACUCAUAAUGAGGAACCCGAGGAUGAUAGGUCACCUAGAAUUGAAUCUAGUGACUUGACAGACAAAAAAACUGAUGUUGUUCCUGGGCCUCUUUCACCAGGAUGGCAUGUGAAUCCUAUAGACUUGGGACAGGAAGAUUAUUCUCAGACUCCAUGUCCACUGUAUGAUGAUCAUUCUUAUCCGUCAAGCCGCAUAAUACUAGAGCAAGCAUCAAAUCAAGAUGAGUUUCCGAAUCCUCUAAAUGAUUCUUCAAUUGGCAAGACUAAUUCAGAAACAAAAACACCCAGCAUUGUUGUCAAUUCUCAUACGCGUCACCUAUGCCUACAUUCAGUUGGAUCAACAUCGGAUGAUGAUUUUGGUUGUGUAUCAGUUCUACGCCCAGCAUCCACUGAGAAGACAGUUAAUCUACACCCAGGUCAAAAUGAAUCAACCAAUGGCAGCACUGAUAUACACAACAGCAUUUUACCUCGCGGUGUGGUUGAUCUAAGUCUUGGUAAUAUUGAAGAUGAGAUGAAGAAGCUAAGGCUAUCUUCUGAUGGCCACAAAAGUCACCAAUCACAGCAAGACUUGCAGCAAGUUGGCAUAAAUACACGAAGAUUGUCUUCCCAUGUUCAGACUGGUCAGUCUCAUGUACUUGCUCAAGGAGUGCACCGUUCUCAAAUUAGUGGGUGUCACUAUUCUCAUGGACAACCCAAAUUACCCUCUGUUGAAGUGCAACCUUUGUUGCAAUCCUCUGGCGUUUCUCCAUCGUUUGUCACAGGAGCUGCAUAUGGAACUCCAUAUUACCACAACAUGCAAUCUUCUGGCCUACAUCCUUCCCACUUCGGGAUAAGUGGUGCUAGAGCUUCUGGAGUUUCUUCUGGGGGAAAUGUUGCAUCUGGAGUUGAGAUGCAGCAUUUGUAUAAGAUAUAUGGGCAGCUGGCUCCAGCUAUUCAGCCUCCCUUUCCAGAUCCUAUAUAUGUGCCUUUUUAUCAGUACCCCUCUAUAGAUGCAUACGCUACUGAAGCUCCAGCUUCUUCUGCAUAUUUGCCUCAUCAGACGCCCCAGGCCACAAGAGUUGCUGGUGUCAAUACACUUUGUGCUAUAAAAGGAGGCAGUGUUAGUCCCAAUUACCAUGAGAGCUCUCCAAACAUCAGUUUCCUGAUGCAAUUUCCAAGCUCCCCGCUUGUCAGUACUGUUUUUCAAGGAUCAUCAGUAGCUGGGACAAGCUUUUCAGGAAGAAAAAAUGGCAACAUAAAGUUUUCGUUCGGAAAUGCUGGUUCUUUAUUUGGAUGGCAAGGCCAAAGAAGAUGCGAGAAGGCUGACUACUCAAAUUCAUACUCUUUUAUUGAAGAGCUUAAGUCCAACAAAGCCUGUAGAUAUGAGUUAUCCAAUAUUGCUGGGCAUAUUGUUGAAUUUAGCACUGACCAACAUGGUAGUCGAUUUAUUCAGCAAAAGUUAGAGACUUGUAGUCUUGAUGAGAAGACAUCAGCUUUUAAGGAAGUGCUUCCACAUGCUUCUUCACUAAUGACUGAUGUAUUCGGGAAUUAUGUCAUUCAAAAGUUUUUUGAGCAUGGGAAUGCUGAACAAAGGAAAGAGCUUGCUAUUAAGCUUGUUGGCAAUGUCUUGCCUUUGAGCCUGCAGAUGUAUGGUUGUCGUGUAAUUCAGAAGGCUCUUGAGGUUAUUGAGCUUAAUCAGAAAACACAGCUUGUGCAAGAACUCGAUGGAAAUGUCAUGAGAUGUGUUCGAGAUCAGAAUGGGAACCAUGUGAUUCAAAAGUGCAUUGAGUGUAUACUGACACAGAAAAUUGGUUUUAUAAUAUCUGCAUUUCGUGGUCAAGUUGUAACACUUUCUACACAUCCUUAUGGUUGCCGAGUGAUCCAGAGAGUGCUUGAGCAUUGUACAGAUGAAUCUCAAAGCCAUUGGAUUGUGGAUGAGAUUUUGCAAUCAGCUUGCCUGCUUGCACAGGAUCAGUAUGGCAAUUAUGUCACACGACAUGUUUUAGAGAGGGGAAAACCACAUGAAAGAAGCCAAAUCAUCAGCAAAUUUUUUGGGCAAAUUGUACAGAUGAGCCAACACAAAUUUGCUUCAAAUGUUGUUGAGAAGUGUUUGGAGUAUGGUAAUAUUGAAGAAAGAGAUCACCUGAUCAAGGAAAUAGUUGGACAUACUGAAGGAAAUGAUAAUUUGCUGGUAAUGAUGGAAGGAUCGGUUUGCAAAUUAUGUGGUCCAGAAGAUUCUUGAAAUAAGCACUGAUAAACAAUGUGAAAUCUUGCUGGAUCGCAUAAGAGUUCAUCUGCAAGCUCUGAAGAAAUACACCUAUGGGAAACAUAUAGUUGCUCGGGUUGAACAGUUAUGUGGUGAAGCUGCUCCUGACUCAUGAAAGGCGAAUCAAAGUUGCAUGGUGGCCCUGCUAACUCACCUGAGGCAAGCUCCCUAAUGAGACCUGCUGGAUUUCUCCCAGUUAUUUUCUUGGGAGCAGCUGUGAGCUAAAGGUCAGGGUAUAUAUAUAUAUAUAGUGUAAACCUUAAAGCUGGUAUAGUAUAUGUAUUUUGUAGGAGUCUAGCGUAGGUUACAUGGAGUAAAGGGUAUGCACCUGCAUUAUUAUUAUUAUCACCUCUUGAUUUAACAUGUUACUGACGAUGGUGAUUUGGGCUAACCAGGUUUAUUAUAUGAUGGAAUAGGUUUUUGAAUUGGACCUGUGGUCGAGAAUAAUAUGACUGACAACUGGGAAAUAUUGGUUCUCUAUUCUGGUUACAACAUGAUGCAUUUAAUGUUGGUUUA